AUGUCGGCUAGCCUACAGUAGGGAAGUGAAUUGCACUUCCUCCUUUUACACACCACUGUUCAGCACAGCGUUUGGGUUAUAGGAGUAGCCCACAAAGUGAAAAUGGAAAGAGCGAAAACUGAACGGGGCUGUGUCCUGUAAUUGCCUAUUAGCUUUGUAAGAGGAAAAAACAUUGCUGGGAAUGACAAUCGAUUCUUAUUAGAACGCUCCAACAACACCUAUUCAGCGUCGAGCAGCAGAGUCAACGUAACAUUUUCAGAAAUACAAUGGCAGCGACCUAGAUCAACUUUUGGACUUGAUUUCUAAAAGGAUCAAAGAGGGGGCCUUGCAACUUUUUGAAACUUGUUGGAUACGGUGGAGCAAGGACGCAAACAUGAAGAAACAGUUUAAUCGCAUGAAACAGCUCGCCAACCAAACAGUUGGAAGAGCUGAGAAGACUGAGGUGCUGAGUGAUGACCUUCUACAGAUUGAGAGGCGCUUGGAGCUGGUCCGUCUGGUGUCCCACAACGCACACAAGAGACUGGUCACCUGUCUACAGGGUCACAUCGGAACGGAGGCAGAAAAGAGACACAAAAAGCUCCCUCUGACAGCCCUGUCCCAGGCCAUGCAGGAUGGAGGAAGCCAGCUGGGGGAGGAGUCACUGAUUGGUAAGAUGAUGGAUGUGUGUGGGGAGGCAGAGAGCAGACUAGCAUCUGAGCUGAUGCAACACGAGGUCCAGCUAGAGAGAGACAUCCUGGAACCUCUCAACCAGCUAGCAGAGGUGGACAUUCCCAACAUCCUGAGACAGAGGAAACAGCUGGCUAAACUAGUCCUAGACUAUGACUCAGCCAGAGCCAGGUGGUUGCAGGCAAGCAAGUCUAUUCACUUUUCCACAAACUACCAGGCCACUGUCGCCAAGGUUGAGACUCUCAAAGACGAGAUGGACGAGGCCCUGAACAAAGUGGAGAUGUGUAAGGACCAGCUGUCUGCGGACAUGUAUAACUUCUCCUCCAAGGAGGGAGACUACGCCCGCUACUAUGUUAUUUUGGUAGAGGCCCAGGCUGACUACCACAGGAGGUCUCUGGCUGCUCUGGAAGGAGUCCUGCCGACCAUACAGGCACAGAACGACUCAUGGAUGGAGAAGCCUGCGUACGGCACGGCUCUGGAAGAGCACCUGAAGAGGAGUAACCGUGAGAUCGCCCUGCCCUUAGAGGCCUGUAUCAUGAUGCUGCUGGAGACUGGCAUGAAGGAGGAGGGUCUGUUCCGAAUCGCUGCUGGGGCCUCCAAACUAAAGAAACUGAAGGCAGCACUGGACUGUUCCACCUCCCAGUUAGAGGAGUUUUACUCCGACCCCCAUGCUGUAGCUGGAGCUCUGAAGUCCUACCUCAGAGAGCUGCCUGAACCCCUUAUGACCUUCGCACUGUAUGAUGAGUGGACACAAGCCUCCAAUGUGUCUGACCCAGACAGGAGACUUCAGGCUUUGUGGGUGGCAUGUGACGGUUUGCCAAAGAACCACAAGGCCAACUUUAGGUAUCUGGUAAAAUUCCUAUCCAAGCUGGCCCAGGACAGUGAGGUGAAUAAGAUGACUCCCAGUAACAUCGCCAUAGUGCUGGGACCCAACCUGCUCUGGUCCAAGACUGAGGGGACUCUGGCAGAGAUGGCUGCUGCUACCUCGGUCCAUGUGGUGGCCAUCAUAGAACCUAUCAUCCAACACGCUGACUGGUUCUUCCCAGAUGACGUGGACUUUAACGUGUCGGGCAUGUUCGUGGCCAUGACCCCUGAACCUGACCCAGGCCCUUUCGAGAGGCGACGCCCCGGAAGCCUGGUGGACGGGGACACUCCCCGCAAAGACAGCCCUGCUCCUAACAAACUGGGUGACCCCACCCCCACCCCACGUAGAGCUGCCACUCUAAAUAGAAAACAGCACCAUCAUGCCUCUUCGCCCGCCUUCCAGCCCCCUCUACCACCGCCAGAGGCUGGAGGCGUCCCCCAGACCCAGGAGCAAACUCUGUGUGGGAGUACGGAGGCUGGCCAGCCUGGCCUGGCUGGGGGUGGUGGUGGUGGUGGUGGUAGUGGGGGUCAAGGUCAGGGUGGGGCACCAGAGGUCCAGGUGGCCACAGGGCAGCAGCCUCUGCCUCUUACCCAGCACAGCGCUGAGGAGAGCAGCCCUGGCCAUGACCCCACCUCCACCCCCCCUCCCCUGAGGAACGGGGGCUCCCAGCUCACCGUGGGGACGCCCCACUCCCAGGCAGGAUGCAGGGGUCCCAGCCCCCACAUUGGACGCAGAGGUACUAAGAAGCAAGCCCCUGCCCCACCCAAACAGGCCAACCCCUUUGUAGCUAAUGUCUCCACCCUUGGCCACAGUCCCGCGUCUAACAACCCCUACCCCCUCAUCGCUCCACGACGCCACUCUGGUAAAGAAACCCCCAUCCACGCCCCCAGCCACCCGCCCCCACAGCCCCCACAAGCCCCCCAGUCUCAGGGGGAGUCAGACCCCUCUCCGCCCCACACCCCCACACCCCCUAGCACCCCUCCUCACGAUGGUCCAACCUCCACCCCCUUCACCCCUCUAUCCUCCUUCCACUCUGGCUCCCUCCCUCGCCCCACCAGGCCGGCUCCGAAGCCACGCUCCCGACCUACAGUUCCGCCGCCGCGUCAGCCGCCCACCAAUGACGACAGCAACGGGACCUGCGGCUCCGCCUCCAAGGUCAUCACCGAUGCCAGCCUGAACUUGAAGGGGAUUGGCCGAGCCCUUAUCCCUGAAAUUACGGUGGGCAUACAAGGGGAGAGCUCUGCUGGUCAUGAGCCCGCCCCCUCUCCAACCCCACCCUCGGACCCUGAGAUCCAAUCAGAGAGCACCAGUCUGUGAAAGCGGGAGGGAUCACUCCAACUGACAUCACCAAAAAAACAUUCUGCCUCUGCCCAAUUGGUCAAUAUGCUAGCCAUUCGUCCAAUCGCCGUAGUCAGAGUCAGCUCUGAGCCUCUACAGACUGGACCAUACAAACUCCCUGUGCUCCAUCAAUCCAGUGAGCAAUAAUGUCUGCAACAAACAAUCCCUAGCCAACAUGACUCUCUACAACAAUACAGGGACUAGACAACCUUCUCUAGCUCCAAAAUCCAAACUCAGCACUGUUGGCACCCACCCAACACCAACACCCUUCCAUAAACCAUCAACCCUGAACAGUAUUGGAACUGGAGCACAGGAUCACCCCAUGUUCAUUGAACCUUCAACCUGCUAAACAUGAUAUAUAUAUAUAUAUAUAUAACCACUGAACUCCAAUGCUGGCGAAGCUGUAAUGUUAUGACCCAGUACCUGGAAGCAUCUGAUGCAAAUCUGAAUAUACUGUUUCAUCGUUGAUCUUUGGAUCCAUUGUAGAAUGCUGACAUUGAAUUGGGGCUGGGUGGGAGGCUAAGCUUGUAAACCUAAAAGCUCAGAACUAGUAUGUUUGUAUUAUGCAGCUUUCCUCCCUGUGGUACAUUGUAUGGUGGUUGUAGGAAUGUUUUUUUGAAUGGAAAUUGCUCAUUUGUAUACAUGUCCUCAAUGCAUUACCUAAGUUUGUCUACAAAACUGCAAAUUUGCCCCAUUUGAGAAAUUUCUUUAAUGGUUUUUAAUGGGCCAAAUAAUACAAAUAUAAUGCAGAAAGUGCUAUUGAUGAGCAAAUAUACAUGGUGAGCCCAAAGAAUCCUAUAAAGUGCCCUACUUGAUUUGAUGAGAGCUCAAGGACCAAAGAUGCUAGUUGAUUAAUAACUACAUUUGGUGAGUGUGCUGCUUUGUGUUUCUAAUAUAAAUGUUUUAAUAAAUAGUUGCCAAGGACCAAAAAAGUAUCAGUGAGGAGUGCAAUUGAAGUAACUGGAUUCGUUUCAUAGUGUGCCUUCUCCACUCCCAAUAUUCACCCUGUUUUAUUCGUUUCAUAGUGUUCCUUCUCCACUCCCAAUAUUCACCCUGUUUCAUUUGUUUCAUAGUGUGCCUUCUCCACUCCCAAUAUUCACCCUGUUUCAUUCGUUUCAUAGUGUUCCUUCUCCACUCCCAAUAUUCACCCUGUUUCAUUUGUUUCAUAGUGUGCCUUCUCCACUCCCAAUAUUCACCCUGUUUCAUUCGUUGCAUAGUGUGCCUUCUCCACUCCCAAUAUUCACCCUGUUUCAUUCGUUGUUUUUAACCUGUCUUACCUCAAUAUACUAUAGGACCGAGUUUUAUUCGACCCCAAUCAAACCAUGUGAUACAUUGUUAUUGACAGAGCUGAAUUCAAACAAAAUAGUCACCCCUGCCAAAAAUGUGUAUACCAGUCACAGAUUUCCCCUUUAAAAGAAAAGUGAUGGAUUGGACAUUUCCUGCCACAGAUUUUUUAUUUGAGAAGUUAUUUGUUUUGAUAUCCGUUUUGAUUUAAUUUAGCUCAGGAAAUGGACAAGCAACAACCCAACAGAACAAUAUCCCAGGUUUUAUUUUAUGAUUACUAUUCAAAUUAAGGAUAUUAUGUUGACAAUCUUUAGUGGGUAACUUGGCUUGUCACUAUGCUUUCGAUUAUUGCCUUUUGUUUCACUACAUUGCACGUUUUGAAUGUGAUUUGCGUAGCUUUUUUUUCUGCCCGUGUCUUUUCAACCUGAACAAAGAUUAUCGAUAAUGAGUGAAUGGAUCCGCCACUGUUUGUUCAUAUUAAAGGAAAAUAGUUUUGGGUAUUAUUACUCCAAAUAAAGAAAACAAAACAUGACUUAAAA